AUGAGUCAAUUUCCCUAUUCAAGCGCUCCCCUGAGAACGGUUAAAGAAGUCCAAUUUGGUCUUCUCUCCCCGGAGGAAGUGAGAGCAAUCUCGGUCGCUAAGAUCGAGUAUCCAGAAAUCAUGGAUUUGACUACAAUGAAGCCAAGAGAUGGUGGUUUGAACGAUCCAAGAUUGGGAUCCAUCGAUAGAAAUUUCAAGUGUCAAACAUGUGGAGAAGGCAUGUCCGAGUGUCCAGGUCAUUUCGGCCAUAUAGAGCUCGCAAAGCCUGUUUUCCACGUCGGAUUCCUUUCCAAAAUCAAGAAAGUGUGCGAAUGUGUUUGCAUGAACUGUGGUAAGAUUUUACUGGAUGAAACGAACCCGUUGUAUGCAAGAGCUAUGAAAAUCAAGGAUCCAAAGAAGAGAUUCAACGCAGUUUGGAGUUUGUGUAAGACAAAAAUGGUGUGUGAGGUUGAUCCCAUUCCAAGUGAUGAAAACGCGGGCGAGAUCUUACCCCAAAGAGGAGGUUGUGGAAAUACGCAACCAACUGUUAGAAGAGAUGGUUUGAAAAUCUGGGGUACGUGGAAAAAGAGCAACCUGGACGAGGAUACCGAACAAACUGAGAGAAGACUGAUUACAGCAGCUGAAGUGCUAAAUGUGUUUAGGCAUAUUUCUCCCCAAGAUUGUCAAAGACUUGGUUUCAAUGAGGACUACGCUCGGCCUGAAUGGAUGCUCAUUACGGUGUUGCCUGUUCCACCCCCACCUGUUAGACCCUCUGUUGCUUUCACCGAUACUAAGCGUGGUGAAGAUGAUUUGACUUACAAAUUGGCCGACAUUUUGAAGGCCAAUAUCAACGUGCAAAAGUUAGAGAUGGACGGUUCACCUCAGCAUGUCAUCAGUGAGUUUGAGGCGCUGCUGCAAUACCAUGUGGCAACCUACAUGGACAAUGAUAUAGCAGGUCAGCCUCAAGCUCUUCAGAAGACAGGAAGACCUAUCAAGUCAAUUCGUGCUCGUUUGAAGGGUAAAGAGGGACGUCUAAGAGGUAAUUUGAUGGGUAAGCGUGUGGAUUUCUCUGCUCGUACCGUCAUUUCAGGUGACCCCAAUCUUGAGCUAGAUCAAGUUGGUGUUCCCAAGAGUAUUGCUAGAACACUCUCUUACCCAGAAACUGUCACACCCUACAACAUCCAGAAACUUACAGAAUAUGUCAGAAAUGGCCCAAACGAACAUCCGGGUGCCAAGUAUGUCAUUCGUGAUUCUGGAGACCGUAUUGACCUGAGGUACAAUAAGCGCGCAGGUGAUAUUGCCUUGCAAUACGGUUGGAAAGUUGAGCGUCACUUGAUGGAUGAUGACCCUGUGUUGUUCAAUCGUCAACCUUCUCUGCACAAGAUGUCCAUGAUGGCGCAUAGAGUCAAAGUGAUGCCUUACUCGACCUUCAGAAUGAAUUUGUCUGUUACAUCUCCUUAUAACGCUGAUUUCGAUGGUGACGAAAUGAAUUUGCACGUUCCACAGUCGGAAGAAACAAGGGCUGAACUCUCUCAAAUCUGUGCUGUCCCAUUGCAAAUUGUUUCGCCUCAGUCCAAUAAGCCUGUUAUGGGUAUUGUACAGGACACACUUUGUGGUGUUAGAAAAAUGACGUUGCGAGACAACUUCAUUGAAUACGACCAGGUGAUGAACAUGCUUUUCUGGAUCCCUCAGUGGGAUGGUGUCAUUCCUCAGCCUGCCAUUUUGAAGCCAAAGCCUCUUUGGUCUGGUAAACAGCUUUUGUCUACGUGUAUUCCAAAGGGUAUUUACCUCCAAAGAUUUGAUGGCUCUCUUUUGUCUCCAAAAGAUAGUGGUAUGUUGAUUGUCAACGGUGAAAUUAUGUUCGGUGUGGUUAACAAGGCUACUGUUGGUGCUACUGCAGGUGGUCUUAUUCACACUGUUAUGAGAGAAAAGGGUCCUCAAGUUUGUGCUCAACUCUUCGGUAACAUUCAGAAGGUGGUUAACUACUGGUUGCUCCACAAUGGUUUCUCCAUCGGUAUUGGUGAUGCAAUUGCCGAUCGUGAAACUAUGAGGGUUAUUACCGAGACCAUUGGUGAAGCCAAGGAGAAGGUUCAAAAUAUUAUUUUGGAUGCCCAAAGAAAUCUUUUGGAGCCUGAACCAGGUAUGACUGUCAGAGAAUCGUUUGAGCAGAAGGUGUCUAAAGUGUUAAACGAAGCUCGUGAUUCCGCUGGUAAGUCUGCUGAAUUGUCUUUGAAAGAUUCGAACAAUGUCAAGCAGAUGGUCACAGCUGGUUCAAAGGGUUCUUAUAUCAACAUUUCCCAGAUGUCUGCUUGUGUUGGUCAACAGAUUGUUGAGGGUAAGCGUAUUUCCUUCGGUUUUGCCGACCGUUCUUUGCCACAUUUCACCAAGGAUGACUACUCUGCCGAAUCCAAGGGUUUCGUUGAGAAUUCGUAUCUGAGAGGUUUGACUCCUCAGGAGUUCUUCUUCCACGCUAUGGCUGGUCGUGAAGGUUUGAUUGACACUGCUGUGAAAACAGCCGAAACAGGUUAUAUCCAACGUCGUCUAUUGAAGGCCUUGGAAGAUAUCAUGGUUCAUUACGAUGGAACAGCCCGUAACUCCCUUGGUGAUGUUAUCCAAUUCCUUUAUGGUGAGGAUGGUAUCGAUGGUACUCAAGUUGAGAAGCAAACGGUUGACACCAUUCCUGGAACUGAUGAUGCCUUUGAGAAGCGUUACAGAGUUGAUCUGAUGAACGCUUCUCAAGGUAUCAAGCCAGAACUUGUCGAAUACGGAACUGAGAUCUUGGGCAGCGUUGAACUCCAAAAGUUGCUUGAUGAAGAAUACACCCAACUUUUGGAAGACAGAAAGUAUCUUCGUGACGUUUGUUUCAGCAAUGGUGAUUACAACUGGCCACUUCCUGUCAAUAUCAGGCGUAUCAUCCAAAAUGCUCAGCAGAUUUUCCACGUUGAUCAUGCUAAAGCCAGUGACCUUGCCAUUCCUGAUAUAGUUCAAGGUGUUCAGGAGCUGUGCAAGAGACUUCACGUUGUUCGUGGUAAGUCUGAGCUGAUGCAAGAAGCACAAAGGAACGCUACUUUGUUGUUCCAGUGUUUGUUGCGUUCGCGUCUGGCAACCAGGAGGGUUCUUGAAGAGUUUAGAUUGACUAAAGAUGCUUUCGACUGGGUGGUUGGAACCAUUGAGGCUCAGUUCUUUAAGUCAGUUGUCCAUCCUGGUGAAAUGGUUGGUGUUAUUGCAGCACAAUCCAUUGGUGAGCCUGCAACCCAAAUGACACUUAACACAUUCCAUUAUGCUGGUGUGUCUUCCAAGAACGUCACCUUAGGUGUUCCAAGAUUGAAGGAGAUUUUGUCUGUUGCUAGAAACGUCAAGACUCCAGCAUUGUCUGUUUAUCUUGAACCUGAUGUGGCUUCUGACAUUGAAAAGGCUAAAUCCAUCCAGUCUGCAAUCGAGCAUACCACUUUGAAGAACGUUACGGCUGCUACUGAGAUUUACUACGAUCCAGAUCCAAGAAGCACCGUGAUUGAAGACGAUAUUGACACUGUCGAAGCUUACUUUGCUAUUCCAGAUGAGAAGGUUGAAGAAUCCAUUCAUAAGCAAUCACCAUGGUUGUUGCGUUUGGAGCUUGACCGUGCUAAGAUGCUGGAUAAACAGUUAACAAUGAGUCAGGUUGCAGAGAAGAUCUCGGAGAACUUUGGUGAUGAUUUGUUUAUUAUCUGGUCUGAAGACAACGCUGAGAAGCUGGUUAUCCGUUGUCGUAUUGUUCGUGAUGUCAAGGCAAUGGACGAAGAAGACGAAGAAACUGAAGAUGGUUUGCUGAAGGCUUUGGAAGCACAGAUGCUGGAAUCUAUUUCCUUGAGAGGUAUUCCUGGUAUUACCAGAGUUUUCAUGAUGCAGUAUGACCGUGUUUGGCCCGACCAGAGUGGUGAUUAUGCUAAGAAGAAGGAAUGGGUUCUUGAAACAGAUGGUAUCAAUCUUGCUGAUGUUAUCGCUGUUCCAGGAGUUGACACUGCCCGUACGUACUCGAACUCGUUUGUCGAGAUCUUGUCUGUUUUGGGUAUCGAAGCUGCGAGAAGUGCUCUCUACAAGGAGAUUCUCAACGUCAUUGCUUUCGAUGGUUCGUACGUUAACUACCGUCAUCUUGCUCUGUUAGUUGAUGUCAUGACCACUCGUGGUCACUUGACUGCUAUCAGUCGUCACGGUUUUAACCGUUCCGAUACAGGUGCUCUUAUGCGUUGUUCGUUUGAAGAGACGGUUGAGAUUUUGCUUGAAGCUGGUGCUGCUGCUGAAUUGGAUGAUUGUAAGGGUGUUUCUCAGAAUGUCAUUCUGGGCCAAUUGGCUCCUAUUGGUACCGGUGCCUUUGACGUCAUGGUUGAUGAAAGCAUGUUGAACUCGCUUUCAGCAGAUUAUCCAAAGCAAAAUGUGCCAAUUUUCAGAGGCAAGUUGACUGAAGGUUCUGCCACUCCUUACGAUGCCGGUUCUCAGUAUGAUGACGAUAUUGGACAGGAUGACACUUCUGCUGUUAUGUUUUCUCCUAUUGUUCAAUCGAGUGCAAACGAUGAUAGAAGUGGUGGUUUUACAGACUAUGGAGGAUUCUCUUCAUACGCUCCUAACCCAACCACUCCGAUGUCCCCCUUCUCUGGAUAUGGGCCAACAUCGCCAGGUAUUUCGGCAAAUUCCCCAGGGUAUGCUACUUCGCCAACGUACUCACCUACGUCGCCUUCAUACUCCCCAACGUCGCCCUCUUAUUCCCCAACGUCGCCAUCAUACUCACCAACUUCUCCAAGUUACUCUCCAACGUCUCCAUCAUACUCCCCGACCUCACCAAGUUAUUCUCCAACUUCUCCAAGUUAUUCUCCAACUUCGCCAAGUUACUCACCUACUUCGCCUAGUUACUCACCAACUUCUCCAAGUUAUUCCCCAACCUCACCAUCAUACUCACCAACAUCACCUUCCUACUCACCAACUUCACCUUCCUACUCACCAACCUCCCCAUCCUACUCACCAACAUCUCCAUCCUACUCUCCAACCUCUCCAUCAUACUCCCCAACCUCACCACAAUACUCGCCAACUUCACCCCAGUAUUCCCCAACCUCUCCUCAAUACUCUCCGACUUCACCAUCUUACAGUCCAAAGGAGGAUUGA